AUGAAUAUUGUAGAGUGGGCGUUUGGAAAGCGCAUGACGCCGGCGGAGCGUCUGCGCAAGCACCAGCGAGCGCUCGAGAAGACGCAACGAGAGCUCGACCGAGAGCGCGUGAAGCUCGAGAACCAGGAGAAGAAGCUGGUUGCAGACAUCAAGAAGAGCGCCAAGAACGGGCAGAUGGGACCGCUACGCAUACAAGCAAAGGAUCUGGUACGGACCAGGAGGUACAUUCAGAAGUUCUACCAGAUGAGGACACAGCUGCAGGCGAUAUCGCUGAGGAUACAGACUGUCCGCAGCAACGAGCAAAUGAUGCAGUCUAUGAAGGGAGCCACAACAUUGCUUGGAAGCAUGAAUAGGCAGAUGAACCUGCCCGCUCUGCAGCGCAUCGCCAUGGAAUUCGAAAAGGAAAACGACAUCAUGGACCAGCGACAAGAGAUGAUGGACGACGCCAUCGACGACGCUACCGGUAUGGAGGAUGAAGAGGAGAGCGAAGACGUCGUGAACCAGGUCUUGGAUGAAAUAGGCAUUGAUCUUGGCCAAGCAAUGGGAGAGACACCAAGCGGUCUCCAGAAAGCCGCUGUACCUGAAGGCAGAGUGGCACAGGCGGUUGGCGGCGCCGCCGACCCUGACGACGACGACCUCCAGGCGCGACUGGAUAGUUUGAGGAGAUGA